AAUCUUGGGGUUUUCUUGUGUCAGGGUGAAGAAGUGACAUUUGAUUAUAAUUAUGUGCGGGUUUUUGGGGCUGCUGCAAAAAAAUGUGUCUGUGGCUCAUCUCAGUGUCGGGGUUAUAUCGGUGGUGAUCGGCUGAAUACUGAAGUAAUUGUUCAGGGUGAUUCAGAUGAUGAAUAUCCUGAACCUGUAAUGGUUUAUGAAGAUGGUAAAAUUGAUAAUGACUUUAAAAAUUUAAUAUCUGCAACCAGUUCCUUUGAUGGUACAGAAAUGCAAAUUGCAGACCGUAUGUUAUCAAACAAAGAUAAGAUGGACAAGUCUGCAACUGCUGUUGGACCAUUGGAGAGUACCACCGAACUGCAAACUACAAAGAUAUUGGGAGAAGAUGAAGAUGAAACUGAUAAAUCUGCAACUGCUGCUCAACACGUAGAGAUUUCCACAAAAUCUGCAUGUGGUGCACAAUUGCAAAUCCCUUGGGAAGUGGAGAACUCAAUGGAAAAGUUAACACCUUCUGUUCGACUAGUAGAAACAAUUAUAUUGAGUAAAACCAUCUCUGAUGCUCAGCAAGAGUCUGUUCAAGGAUUAGAGACUCCUGCACUCACUACAACUAGUAGAAAAUCAUUAUCUGAUACAACUGAUGCUAAGAAGAAGUGCAAAUCUGACACAAUUGAAGACAGGCACAUUUCAAAGUCACAUUCCCUCGUGAAAACUUCUCGUUCAUCUUCUUCAGUUAAGAAGGGAAAAUUGAAUAGUAAUUCUAUGAAUGUCAACAAAUCUGAGAUGAUAGUCAAUAAAUCUCAUGUGCUAGCUUACAAACCCAAAAAACUACUGGAAGGUCCUCUAAGUGGUCAUUUUGAAGCUGUUGAGGAGAAACUUGACGAGUUGCUAGAUUCUGAUGGGGGAAUAAGCAGAAGAAAAGUAAGCAAUUUUUUGCUCAUGUUAUAUCAAAUGCUUUUUCUUUUUUUGGUUUUAAUCUUUUCUUUUUCUGAGACUUACUUUUUUGUAGAUUAUGGAACUUGAUAAGUUAUAUUUUUG